AAGAUGAGCAAAGAAAAAGGGCUUUUUUUUGGGUUUCUUCCUUUUUCGCCCCAUUUUGUGUUAGAUUAUAUAUAUGGCAUUGGUGUAUGAGCGCUUUUGCGAUCUGGGUUUCUUCAAAUACAUGAGAUUUGAAUUAAAAAAAGGUGAGAUUUUAGACAUAUAAUACAUUUGAAUUGUUCUUCACAAUUUGGAUGGUUCAUAUAGCUGUGCAUGAUUGGCAGCACCUGUAAGGAAGAUGAGUCACCACCAUUGUUAAAAUGGUUAAUGAACUAUCGCAUUAUCUAGUCAAUUAAACCUUGCUCAAGAGAGGGUUGCUGCAACACAUCUUCCAUGUAUAGCUUUUUGUUGCUGUGGGAUUGCAACCGUCUAGGUUCAUGUCUCAAUAAUCCAAACUAUUCAUUUCAUGGGCCUCACCAUUGAUGGGUACACCCAGAAAGUCUUUAGGAUUUGGAUAUCCCAUCAAUGGCUUGCGAAAUGAUAGUUAAAAGAAACAUUCCACUAUGAAAGAGAGAGAGUGAAAUGAUCAAACGAUUGUAGUAUCUUACUUUAAGAAAUUUUUUUUCCUGGGUAUGCACCAUCCACAGUAAAACCCAUCAUAUAAAUGGUUUGAAUCACUGAACAUGAACAUAGAUCAUGUUUUGACCAGUAUUACCAAGAUCUUGAGAAUCUCCCCAUAUUAUCAGAAAAUUUUGAUUAAACAAAAUUAUCAUGAUAAUAUCAUGAGAUUUUCAAAAUCUUGGCAGUCUUUAGUUUUUCGCAAUUUUAUGGAAAAAUUAUCCAGAUGUUAAAAUAAUUCAGUUUAUGCUUUUAUAUUCAAAAUUUAAAAUUAUUUACUAAUUUACAGUAAAUAUUUUAAAUGUUUUAUUUUCGGCAAGAAUUUCCCAAUAAUACAGUGAGAAAACAUCAAAAUCUGAAUAGUUACGUAGAAAUUCUAAGGUUGAGAAAUUGCUGAGAACAAAAUCUGUCACUAUGCCUAGAUCAACGGCUAUAGCCCCUGCCUAAAAGAUGGAACUAUAAGGGUUCUACUUAGCCAAACCUCAUCAAUUAGAGAUGACCACAGAGCUUGCAAAUUUGUGGAGACAUCUUUCCACACUACAUGUGGCAGGGUAAUGUUUCAAUCCAAGCCGCACAUCUUAUGAUAACUAGCAUUGGUGCAGAAUUUUUCAAAUACCACUCGAUUAGAAUAGUCAUUUUUAUUGAAUUUUCUAUGUUGGAGAUUGGUCAUUAACUAUUUUUAUUUACACUGUCAUUGGUAAAAUGACUAUUACCAUCUAAUGGAUGUGAAUUUUGGAUCAUUCACAAUCCAUGUUAAAACAAGAUGGACAGUUCUGAUUUAUAAUUUACCCAGGCAUGUGCAUAUAUCCUAUGGAGAGAUGCUCUACUAUAUUCCGGUUCUUCCAGCUCUUUCAUAUCAUCUUCCAUCUUUUAAAAACUCAAAAUUUUCGUCUUUCUUCUCUAGAAAUGCAAGCAUAAUUGGAAAAGAUUGUAUGGAAACUCAAGGAGGUAUCAAGCCACUCAUAAAUGUGGGCCCAUCGUGGCUAUUACCUGUAGUAGAAAUUUAAUUUACUCAUCUUUCAUGCCACAAAAGUACAUUGAAUAUGGUUUGUUGGACAAUUUCUUUAAAUGUUCAUUUUGAUUCUGCAUGUGCAGCUCACUGGAUUAUGGACCUGCCCAAUUCCUUGCCAUGGGACCUAUGUGGUCUGAUCCACCUGAUGAACUGCGUGCUUCUUGCUAACACAAUUUAGUACAUUCAUGUGUAGGUGCACUUUCUCAUCAAAUAUUUGUGCAUAUAACUUUAGAAAAGAGUAAGUGAGAUGAAGAGAUAAAGGGUACAUUCGAGAAACUAAAAAAAAAAGAAGAUAUGGUGUUUUCUUUGGCUGCAGGAAUUUUGCUGGAAUCUAAAUUUUAACAGUGGGUGGUUGAGCUGUAAAGAAUCAAGGAGGGGGCAAUUGGUCAUUCUCUCUUUUCUUUUUUCAGCUUUUUAUUUAAAAGAUGGUGUUUUGUUUUUCUUUUCAAUUUUCUAUGGUGCUUCUUUUCCUUUUUCAGCUUUUUAUGUAAAAGAUGGUGUUUGUUUUCUUUUCAAUUUUCUAUGCAAAAGAUGGUGCUACUUAAAGCGGAUUACAUGAGGCUUUCUAAGAUCACCAAGAUUUUGGUAUUUUCCUUUUUUCUUUUCUUUUGGAAAGAAGAGAACCAUCUGUCAGACCCAAUCAGACCAACUUUUGCAUUUUUCACCAUAUAUGAGAUAUUUUCAAUGCAUGCCAACACCAUGCAUUGGCUACCUUGGCACUUGGUUGUCUAUUAAACAGAGCCAAAUAUGGCAUUUCAAGGUACGGCACCUACGCAAGGUGAUCAACCAAACAGGGCUUUUCAAGGUACGUCUUGGUUUCAAGGUGACCAACCAAACAUGGCAUUUCAAGGUAUGACUCCUACCGAAGGUGACCAACCAAACAGAGCAUUUGAAGGUAUGGCUCUGUUUAAUGGUGACCAACCAAACAUGGCAUCUCAAGGUAUGAUCCCUCCCCAAGGUGGCUUACUAAACAUGGCAUUUCAAGGCAUGGCGACAUUUCAAGGCAUGGCACCUCACCAAGGCAACUUACCAAACAUGGCAUUUCAAGUUAUGGCAACAUUUCAAGGCAUGGCAUCUCCCCAAGGUAUCUUACCACACAUGGCAUUUCAAGGUAUGGCACCUCCCCAAGGUUACCAACCAAACAUUGCAUUUCAAGGUAUGACUGCCCCCCAAGGCGACCAACCAAACACGUCAAUUCAAGGUAUGCCACCUCCCCAAGGUGACCAACCAAACAUGGCAUUUCAAGGCACGGCACCUCUCCAAGGUGGCCAACCAAACAUGGCAUUUCAAGGUAUGAUCCCUCCUCAAGGUAACUUACAAAGCAUGGCACUUCCCCGAGGUGUGCAACCAAACAUGGCAUUUCAAGGUAUGGCACCUCCCCAAGGUAACUUACCAAACAUGGCAUUUCAAGGCAUGACACAUACCCAAGUUGCCCAACCAAACAUGACAUUUCAAGGUAUGUCACCUCCCCUAGGUAACUUACCACACAUGUCAUUUCAAGGUAUGGCACCUCCCCAAGGUGGCCCACCAAACAUGUCAUUUCAAGGUAUGACACCUACUGUAGGUGACCAACCAAAUCAAGGCAUGCCACCUCCACAAGGUGGCCAACUAAUGGCGGUGAUGCCUGAAGAAGACCUCAGAAAAAUCAUAAAGGAUAUUUUCUCGUUCAUCAUGAAUGGUCGUUGGGACGAAGUGGUGAACAUUUACAAAGAGAAACCACCAAUCCAAGAAGCCAAGAUCACCAAUUCAGAAGACACAAUAUUACACAUAGCUGUCAACGAUGAUAGGAUGGACAUUGUAGAGAAGCUCGUGGCGGAGGUGACUGACGUGAAAAUUCUAGAGAUAGUGAACAACAUUGGCAACACUGCGCUCCACUUAGCAGCCACCAUGGGGAAGGUGGGGAUGUGCAAAUGCAUGGUGGAAAAGCACCCUCCACUAGUCGCGAAAUGCAACGAAGGUGGUGAGACCCCUCUUUUCAGGGCCGUUGUGCAUGGAAAAAAGUACGCCUUCCUCUACCUCCAUUCCAAAUGCCCCCCAUUUCAUGGCAGUGAGUACUGGACAAGGAACGAUGGUAAUAACAUUCUUCAUAUGGCCAUUACAGCGGAAUACUUUGAUUUGGCCUACCAAAUUAUAAAGAGGUACAACAAGAAUGAGAACCAGGAUUGGGAUCUUGUCAACAUUUUGAAUGGAAAUGGAUUGUCAGCUCUGCAUUUUCUAGCAAGCAAACCUUCUGCCUUCAGAAGUGGGAGUCACCUGGGAAGACUCGAGCGUCUCAUCUACGAUUGUAUUGUGGUCGACCGGCUCGAAGAGACGCCUCCUGAUAGCAUCUUGAAUGAUGAAUCUCAAAGCAAACACAUUAUCGAAUGGCCGGAGAAUUAUGCAACGUGCAUGCAAUUCUGUGCACUGCUGCGAAGGCUCUUUCAUCUCCCAUCUAGAGUUGCUGCAUGGCUAUGUUCAUGGGCCUCAUGGCAAACUCCCCCAAACCAAAGAGAUGAAGAGAACCCACAUGGUUCAAGAUCUGAACCAACAGAUGGUGGAGGUAGCAGAAGCCGAAGCAAUCAAAGUGAAGAAGGAAGGCGCAAUAACCGUGAACACCCAUUUCCACCUAUUUACACCAUGUGCUAUGAUUUCUUUCAUCUUGCAUUGGUGGUCCUGCAAGUUCUGGGGUUUAUCAGAACAUACAAAAUUAAAGAGGAGAAGCAAAAACAUACAUGGGCAGUUCAAAUAAUGGAAGAACUUGUUUCCCAAGCUUCCUGGUGGGAGUACAAUGCAGUACAAUUAAAACGGUACAAGGAGUCACCAUUUCUGAUGGCAGCUAGAAUGGGGGUGGUAGAGAUGGUGAAGCAUAUUCUCCACGAGAUUCCAGUUGCAAUUCGUGAUGUGGACAUGAAUGGUAGGAAUGCACUACACUCGGCGGCAGAUAACAGGAGAUACAAGGUCUUCAUAUUUAUAUCGAAGAGGUACUUUUUGGACUAUCUUGUUCGGCAUUUCGAUCAUAUGGGCGAUACUCCGCUGCACCUAGCCGCGAGCAUUGGUAAAAGUCAGCCGUGGGCAACUCCAAGUGCAGUACUACAAAUGCAGAUAGAGUUAAAGUGGUACAAGAUCAUCAGCGAGUCCAUGCCAGCUGAGCUCUUAACGUUCCACAACGGCAAGCUUCAAACACCCAAGCAGGUGUUCACAGAGACUCACAAAGAUAUGAUGAAGGAAGGAGCUGCUCAACUAACUAGCAUGUCCAAUUCAUGCUCAGUUGUUGCAGCACUCGUUGCAACUGUAGCUUUUGCAACUGCAGCCACAAUUCCAGGUGGGUUUACAUCAGAAAAUGGCACACCAGUAUUCGAAGGCAAGAAUGCAUUUGACGUUUUCACUGUCUCUUCACUCAUCGCAUUGUGCUUCUCCAUAAUCUCUGUAAUCACAUUCCUUGCCAUCCUUAACUAUCCCUACCAAGAGUCAGAUUUUGGAAAUUAUUUGCCAAAGAAGCUGAUAAUAGGCUUCACCUCUCUCCUACUCUCAAUCGCUUUUAUGUUUGCUUCCUUCUGUGCUUCCCAUUUCUUUCUUCUCAGAGACAAGCUUCACUACAUCGCCUAUCCGGUUUAUGUCACGAUAUGCUUCUCUAUCACAUUGUUUGCUAUAUUUCAAUUUCCUCUCUACUUUGAUAUCAUAAAAUUCACUGUCACAAGUGCGCUGCCCGAUUAUUAGAUUGCAGUGUGUGUUUGUAGCUUCUUCCUUCACCUUCUUUAUGUUCUUUGUGUAAUAACUUGGAUUGAAUGAAGCAGCUUCCACAUUCCCACCUUCGUAUUUGUGUCAUUACUUGCCGAGGGCAGAAUGCAUUUCUAGCCAAUGUAUUUUUUUAAGCUAAUGAAUCCUCUUCUUAAUAUGGCUUGUUUUACAACUUGAGACUCAUUUUGGUUUGCCAUUUUCAGUGUUGUUGAUAUAGACAUCUUUGGCCC